AUGUCAGCAGUGGAGAAGGAGAAGGAGGAGGAGUUCGUGAGAGCGCUGGGUAGAGCAAACACCAGUCUGAAGCCUGAUAAGAGCUUGUUAAAUUCCAAGUUCGAGCAAUACAAAUACACUUCAGGUAGAGAGCACGAGAUAACGUACAGAUCCCUCCGGACUCCGCCCCACCGGACCAGGUUACCCGACUCUGACUACUCCUACCAGAUGACUAGAGCCUCCUGUCUCUUCAACCAUCUCAUAGCCAGUCCUACAGGUAAAGAGUUCUACUUUAUCCACCACAAACCAGCAGCAAACAGAUACGUACUAAUAGACGCUCUAACAGAUACUGAACUGGUAGAGUUCACUAACACCGAGACUCUUCUCUUUAAUGUGUCAGCAGUGUGGGGAGACAGUGAGACUCUUAUCAUCUGUAUUGGAUCUAAUCUCUAUGUCAUGACUGUUACCCCGGUUACCCCCACCACCUCCGCAGGCAUCUCCUCCGCAAGCAUCUCUGUUAAGCAGAGAACUACACUAACAUUACCUCAUCAGUGCCUUCUUCUCAGUUCAUUUCAGCGAGUCGGAGCGGUUCACCUAGUCACGUGUUAUAAGUCAGAUAACCUGUUUAUACAUCAGAUUCUGAGGCAGGAUGACGAGGAGGAGGGGGUGUUUGAAGUGAUAGCAAGGAUUAAACAGUCGGGUAUUGCCAGAUUCGCUGCAGUGAAGGGUGAUCUGUUAACUUUAGUGAGUGAGGGUAAACUGAUAGUACCAGAGCCACAGCCACGUGCUACAAUAAUAGAGGAGUCUGUUAAGAGCACGGAGGAGGAGACUGUACUGAAGAAGGAGGAGGAAGAUAAGAACUACACGUGGACCCAGUCUCUCGAAGAUGUGGAGAUCAGUAUACAGCUGCCCAGUGGGAUAUUGAAGACGGACUUGAUGGUGGACAUAGGACUAGACUCGCUCGAGGUCCGCACCAAAGGCGGUCAGGAGCUAUUCAAAUCCAAGCUAUUCAGCAAAGUAGAACCGAAGGAGUCAACCUGGAACAUGUCCUCAGAUAACAAGAAAGUAGAAGUGAUGCUGACAAAGUACCAAGAGGCCCACAACUGGGCGCAUCUGCUGGACACGCCCCACUACGACCCCUCAGGAAACCUGCUCUCCCAGAUCUCGGACCUCAGUGAGGAGGAGCUGAGGAACGUUAUGCGGAGGAUGGAGUCACUCAACGAGUACACCUCUGAUACGAUAGAUAAGUCUCCUCUUUACACUCCUGACAAGGAGUUUGAGGAGUGCGAUGAGAUGGACGGACAACAGGUCCUCCUGUCCGGCUUCACUCUUGGCCCUCAGGAGCUCCAACAAGAGUACUUAGUGGAGCUGUCUCCAGGCACCCUCCUCUUCUCUGAUUCAGACCGGGGAUUCGUUGUGAGCCACAGUGUUGAUGCCUGUUAUUACAAGUCGGGCGACCCUGACAACUCGGCCUGUAACCAUGGCAACCUGAACACCCCUGGUAACCCUAGCAACCUGAACACUCCUGGUCACCAAGGCACUGUAACCUCUCCCUGGCUCCACACGGACACUUUCCACGCCUUCAACAUGGUCCAGGCCACCAAGACUCAGAAGAAGUUUAUUGUAACGGACAGUAAGAAGUACGCAGCUAUAGUUGACAUCUCCAGACAUGUUUACAUUUACAACUGUACUAGAGAUAGUUCCUAUGGUAAACUUCUUGUUAUGACACUGGACAAUUCGGAUGAUUCGGAAGUUUUGGGCGUUUAUCCUCGAGAAGAUUCGAUCGUUUUAUUGACUGAAAAGCAUCUUAUAACUGUGAAGUUUUCAAGUAAAAUGAGCGAUGAUGAUGAUUUCGUUACAAAGCCGGCUCUCAGAACCUACAAAAGAAGACGGCGCACAGCGCCCCUGGCACCGGUCCAACCUCCAGUAUCCCCUCAAAAACUUGUUGAAAAUGAGUUUCUGAGCUCCAAAGAGUGGUCCCCUGGAAAAAUACCUCCAGUUUCACACAACAACUGCAGCAAGCCAGCAAGUGAAGUCUCUGCAGUACUUUGUGAUAAGCGGUUAAAUGCAGCAGAUGAAGCUGUAAAACAUGACAGUAAAGUAUCAGAGUUGGACGCGUUUCUGAGUAGUAAUAGCAGUGUGUUAGGUAGAUCAGUGUUGGAGGUCACCUGUUUACGAGACCUGGAGGUAGAAACUGUUCCUAACGAUGAGAACGAGAAUGAGAGAAACAUUAUCACUCCUACCGUGAAGGAGCAGAGACUGAGUGAAGAGAAAGUAGCUGUGAAGGAGCAGAUAGCGAACAUUAAGAUAGCGACCAAGUCUCUCUGUAGCAGGGUUAACGGGAGGAGACUGAGACAGAGCUCCUUGUUUAGCAAGGUCAGGGGAGGGACGUCUAGUGAGUUGGGGGAUAAUACCACUUCUCCCAGCAAGAAGGAUUCAGAAAAUACUAAAAAUCAGUCAGCUAAGAAUCAGAAUGAGAAAAAUAAAUCUCAGGUAAUAUCAGGUCAGGGCAAAAAGGAAUUCGUGAGUCCAGACAAAGAACCACAUCCAGCCUCUUCAGUUCCAAAAACACCCCUUCAACCAAAGAAACUAAUCAAGCAGGCGGGUACUUCUCAACUAGACUUGGGCUCAAUGUUCGGCCUAGCACCAAAGCAUCACGACAAGAAAUUAGUAAAACAGGAGGGUACAUCCCAACUAGAUCUAGGUGCAAUGUUUGGCCUCAAAGCCAAGCACCCUAAGGUUGAACCUAAACCAGAGAAACCUACAAAACGUGUAGUGCCCUUCUACAAGUGGGUCAGAGGGACGACCUUUACUGUGGACGCCUUCAACUUCGGGGAGAUCCCCAAAUGCACCGCCUACUUCCUGUCCCACUUCCACUCAGACCACUAUAUGGGUCUCAACAAGCACUUCACUGGUAUAGUCUACUGCAGUAAAGUCACCUCCAACUACGUUAUCAACAACCUUAAAGUCAGUCCUGACAGAGUGAGGAGCCUGGAGUUUGAUCAGAUAGAAGUGGUAGAGGGGGUGGAAGUGAGUCUCAUAACAGCUAACCACUGUCCGGGCUCUGCUAUGUUCCUGUUCGAGUCUCCCAGUAUUGGGUCUAUUCUACACACUGGGGACUUCAGGUAUAACGCUACAAUGUUGUCCCACCCCCUGCUCCUCAACAAGUCCCUCUCAGUACUCUACCUGGACACCACCUACUGCGACCCACUCUACAAGUUCCCGCCUCAAGAGGACGUUAUUCAGUACAUGGCGGGGGAGGUUCUACAGUUCACCAGGGAUACUCUGAUAGUGUGCGGAUCUUACACUAUAGGCAAAGAGAGAAUAGUUGAAGGUAUUGCUAAAGUUCUGGACUGUAAGAUAUGUGUUAACCAGACUAAGAUGAACCUGAUUAAGAUGCAGGAAAACAAGGAACUCACCUCCAGACUCUCCAAAAACAUAAACUCCAGACUCCACAUAGUGCCUAUGAAGGAAAUAAACCCUGGAAGCCUCUCAAAGCUACUGGCAAGAACAACCUUUUCCUCAGUAGUGGGCGUCAAACCAACCGGGUGGACUCACAAUCAGAACACUGAUUUAGCAGAUAUCCGGCCUAGUGGGAGUGGUAAAGUACGAAUCUACCCAGUACCGUACAGUGAACACAGCAGCUUCUCAGAGCUGGAAGAGUUUGUAACCUCACUCUCUGUUACCAAGGUAAUUGCUACUGUGUUUCCCCGGGAGGACGCUAAGAGGACCUUCAUGUUUGAGAAACUAAAACUGUGGACUUUACACUAGGACUUUACACUAGGACUUUACACUAGGACUUUACACUAGGACUUUACACUAGGUGUUGGUAUUUUGGAGGAAAGUGUUGAGUUUUGAAUCUGAGUUU